AAUUGAGUCACGCAAUGCGUCGGUGGUCCGCGCUUCGCGCUCCUCUCGUUCGGUGCUUCUCCAGCCAUCCCGCCGGACACGUGGACUACAUUGAGGGCGUAAAGCUCUUGCAGUUGCAGGAUGUGGACAAUGCGAUUGAACGAUGGACGGUGGCGGCCGACGCUGGCCACGCCAAAGCGUCCAGCGCGCUCGGCCACUUGUUUCUGCUCGGGAAAGGUGGAAUCGUCGAACAGAAUUUGCCGCGCGCCGCACAAUACCUCGAAAAAGCAGCAGUCCAAGGUCAUGCCAACGCAUGUCACCAAUUGGGUCGCAUGCACCUCCAAGGAUUGCACUUUGCCGUCAAUGGCGCCGAAGCUCUCAAAUGGUGGGAACGUGCAGCGGACCAAGGCCACACCGCAGCCAAGUACGACCUCGGGUACCUGUAUGACAAGGGCGUAUACGUUUCGGAGGACAAGGCGAAGGCGUUUGAGCUCUUCAGCCACGCGGCCAAGCAAGGUAUGCCUGAAGCGUUGCGAGCCGUCGGGAACGCGUACCUACAUGGGAAUGGCGUGGACGCAGAUCCGAAGAAGGCCUUCAAGGCAUUCCUGAAGGCAGCCGACACUGGCAACAUUCAAGCUCGCUUUGAUGUAGGUGCCUGCUACGCACUUGGCCGGGGUACGGAAGUGGAUUUAGCCAAAGCUGCGGCGGCUUUCUUUCUGGCUGCAGAAGGUGGCGUGCCAGAAGCUCAGCUGUGUCUAGCUCAACAGUACGAGUUUGGUCGAGGAGUCGAGAACGACAUGUCGAAGGCCAAGGAGUACUACACGAUGGCAGCUAAGCAAAAUGUUCCUGAAGCCGUUGCCCGGCUUAAGGACUGGACCGAAUAAUGCUAUGAUGGAGUUGCGCAAUGCAGUUGAAUCAAGUGGUGCUGCGAUGAUGGCUGCGAUGCCUCCAUCG